GUCAGCGGUAAAGUACGAGAGCACUUGUCUAAAUGGCCCACAACAGUGGCAUAUAAAGUCACUGAUGCCAGGCCACCGCACGUGUAGUCAUUUAUUCGUCGAACCUGGAAGAUGGCAGUUUGCUGUAAUACAUGUAUAUACGCCUUUUUGAUACUGUACAUUUUGUUGGCUGCUCUCUCGGAUAUAGCUGAUGGCAAACGGUCCAAAGGCGGGGCUCGCAGAGGUCCAGGACGUUUGAGAAGGUGUAGACCACGCCAUAGCCCUGGAAGACGCUGGUAUGACAUGCUAUCGCGGCACCAAGAAAACGAUAACACAGUGAAGGAUAUGGAAAAAGUGCGCGCAUGUCUGCAGGAAGCCAUCGGACCGGCGCCACAAGUCCGACUGGAACCGUUUGUCAACUGGGCGGAGAUCGUGCGACGCGAUCACGUGUUUGUCAUCAAACCUACUACUAACGAAGAGGUAAAGAAGGUUAUAAAGGCGGCCAUGCAAAUGAACUUAAGGAUACGUGUAGCGGGCGCUUCUGCACUGUCCUGGUCAGACCUUUUUCCUGAUAACGGCCAGAUUCUUCUGGACCUCGCUGAUCUGACGCUAGAGAACGGACAGAGGGCCGUAUUUAACCCACCGACCAUGAAUACCCCAUACUCCACUGUGACUGUUGCAGCUGGAGUCAGCCAGGGUGAAUUGGACUCGUUUCUCCUGAGUGUUGGUCAUACUUUGGUCACGGGACCGCGGCCUAUACAGGUCACGAUGGCUGGAGGACUUGGAACGGCCGCUCACGGUGGAAGCUAUGAUGAACCUAGCAUUGGUGGCCACCUGAAAUCGGCAAAACUGUUUGAUGCCUACGGUAGACUCCGGCAGUUUUCGGCCUCUAAAAACCCGGAUGUUCUGCGCGCCUUGAGAUGCCAUCUUGGGUUGCUGGGUGUCAUUGUGGAAGUAGAAAUUAAGGUGGAACCAAUUCGAAUGAUGAAAGUUUUUACGGCGUUUGUCCCGCUCAGCCAGAUGCUAAAUGCAACGUUUGUUAAGGAGCUCGUAACCCGGAAUUACUACGUCGAGGCUCGUUGGGCAGUAUAUAAUUCUCUAACGGAAGAGGAAGUUCAAGAGACGAUCACCAAUGGAAGCGUGCCAACCACCUGGAACAUCGAAGAGGAUCUCGUUUGGUUGAGUAUUGCCCACGUCAAUGGAACCGAGCCUGACCUUGACCUGGAUUUCAAGGUCACUCCCAAUCUCGGUGUGACUCCUAUAUCAGCAGGACAGCAAAUGUUUGAAUUUCUUGCGACCAACCUCUCCAUCUCAGAACCCGUUGUGAUCCCAAAGCCUUUCGCAAUCCAUGGUGUCGACGCCCAUGCCCUCCCUCCCAUGGUUACCAUGGCAUCCUUCAUAAAAGAAACCGAGGAAUUCUCAACCAACACAGUGGCACUUCAAGCAAUGGUGUCGGCGAUAGAGGGCGCUUCCUUUACUCGGGGUAUCCUGCCUGUAGGUUUGGUGGAAAUGCGCUGGGUUAAGGAGACGGACUGCUUUCUCUGUCCCGGUAGAUCAGACACUUGCGGCGUCCCAGGAGAUUCCCGCUACUUAGCACUGGAGGUAGUCGGGCUUGGUGAACCAGUGGAAGCUUUGGAAGGAUUCAAACAAUUCGUUCAGUCGAUUUACUCUCAGCUGGACCAAAUCGGACUCUCUGGAAUGCCACAUUGGGCCAAGAUGGCGGGGCUCUUCCCCGAACUUCGCCAGAAGCUGAACGAUCCCAAUAACCGUCAGUGUACACGAGAGUUCCUGAAGGUUCGGGACCAGCUGGAUCCCCGGGGGAGGCGGUUUUCUAACCACUUGAUGAGGGAACUUUUUAAGUCGGUGCCUAAACAUAAAAGACGCGGUUGAUGUCACAUGCUUUUUAGACAUUAAUGCUGACUGAAAGUGGUGUAGGCACGCACUCUUUUUAAACAAUUAUAAUUUUAAUUGUUAAUUGGACUUUAUAACUCUCUAUGUAUCGAUCUGUUUUAAUCAAGAUAUUGUAUUUCUUAUCUUAUUUUAUUACUUUGUCUUUCAAACGUGUUUACAUCAUUCAGAAUUGAUAUUAUGGACAAGAUACCUUUUUGCUCUGUUUUAAAAUAAACUUUUUAACACUCAUCA